UUGUGCAACUUUUCAUUUUUUUUAUCAAUAAUGGGGGGCAAGAUAGGGUCGUCCAUGCUACUCUGUCGAAAUGUAGACAAGUUGCUGGUGCACUAUAUGACGGUCGAACUUCGCAGAAUGAAUUUAUCUUCGAAAGCUUCUUUCAAGGGCGUAGGACGGAAGACGGAUUCUUCAUCUAUUGUAAGAGGCCGUCGCGUAGAUCAUCCACUUUUACAACUUUCGAAGUGGGAAGGCAAGGUUGAAGAACAAGCUUCUCCGUCGUCAGUAGAAACGAACAAGUUGUAUGAAGCACUAACAGCAGAACGCGUGGAAGCGGAUUGUCUUGAUUUGGUAGUUCCUGAGUCUGCGAAAAAGUUGUAUGGUCGUAUAGCAGGUAGCAAGAUUGCAUUUUCGGGUUACUUGGAUCCCUAUUUGGCUUUGGAAAAGUGGUCUUCUCGAUUCGUACCUAGCACAACUUCUUUUGCGUUACGUAUUCGUACUUUAGGCUUGGUAGGAAAGUAUGAGGACAUUUCUUCCGUUUUAGAAAGGAUGGAACUUUUGGGAAUUCGUCCCAAUAUGGAAGUCUAUUAUUCCUUGGCGUUUGCGUAUUCCAGGGUAGGGAAUACUGAAGAGUUGUUUGGAGUAUUGAAGAAAGUGGAAGCUUCUGGUUAUCCUCUAGAUAAUGCUUUGUUAUGCACUUUGGUAACCAGUUUGAUGAAACAAGGAGAUAUUGCCAAUACACUAGAGUUGUUGAUGCGUCGUGAGUUUAGGGAUUUACGUUUUCCUCUACCAAUUGAAGCUACCAUGAAGACCGCUGUGACUAAGAACACUAAUAAUAAAUCAUCGAAAAAGAAAAGGUCGACGAACAAACCUGCUGCCUUAACAGUUGCCAAGUUUUCCGAUGAGUUUCAGAAAAAGUUGCAUCAUAUUUCUCAUGGCCAUGAUGUGGUUAUAUGGACGGCAUUUAUGAAAGGAUUGUUGGAUUUGGGUGACUAUCGUCGAACUUUGGAAGUAUUUGAUCAUAUGCGUCUUCGUGGUUUAGAACCCGACUGUGUGACCUAUGAUAUUGCCAUACAGGCUUGUGGUUACUUGGAGGAUAUGAUGCGAGCGAAAGAAAUAUUUCGUUGUUUUCCACAAGGUCAAGAGAAGAUUGCAAGUGGUGCUGUUUAUUCAUCUCUGAUAUUUUGUGCUGCCAAUUGUAACGAUGCUCAAGCAGCUGAAAGUUUUUAUCAAGAAGCAAUAGCGGAGGAUAUUCCUUUGGGAUAUCGUGGUCGGUUUCAUCUUCUUCGUGCUUACGGAAAGCAAGGCAUAUAUGAUCGAGCUGUACAUAUCUAUGAGAGUUUACGUAGUUUACCACGUUCGACACUUCCCAGUGUUCAUGAUUGGUUUCUUCUCUUUCUUUCAUUUAAGCAAGGCUUGAAACAAUAUCGAAAGGAAAUAAUACGCAAAGCAUCGGAAACAGACAAUUUGGGUACGAAACGUGAUGAAAUCAUAGCGUUUGCAGAUAGAUAUAUAGAAGAGGGUCUCCAGUUGGCCAUUGAUUGUCGUCAUUUGUAUGGUGUGAAAGAACGUUAUUUGGAUGUUUGUCUAUUAUCCGGACGUAUGGAAGAGUCUUUGAAGUUGUUACAAGAUAUGAGUCGUGAUUCGCAGUUACCUUUUCAUCUCAACAGAACUCAAGGUUGUUUUUAUCGAGCUUGGGCCCGAUAUAUUUUGGAAAAAGGUUCCACUGUAGAAAGAGUUGAAGAAGGAUUGAAAGAAAUGAGACAAUGUGGAGUGGAAUGGAAUGAGCCUGCAAUCUUGGCAGCCGUUUGUAUGUAUUCCGAGUUGAGGUGUCCUCAAAAAGCUUUAGAUUUAUUGAGAGAAGUAGGAUUUCAAGGCUUUUGGUUGAAUAUUGGCAAGUCUAUUCGCGUUGUACGAGAUGAAAAUUCGGAACAUUAUUUAGUUGCGAGUCAUGAAGAACGACUGGAUGCGUUGAAGAGGUUGCGAGAUGCUUGCAUGAAACAUUCGCCAGGAUUGGUUUCUAUCUUAAAGUCUUAUAUUGAACAAGUAGGAUAUCAGAAUGAAAAGAAGAAACUGGAUUCUUGUCAAAUAGGAGAACAUGAAAGGUUGAAAUCUUCUUUUGGUGUUGAUCAGAAUAGACAACAACGAGAUCCUAGAAAGGAGGUACUCGAUCUGCUUAUGAAUGAGAAUCCUGUAUAGUUUUCAUCUUUUGCUCAUAAACCAGAAUUUUGGACUUGGAGGACUUUGUGGUAUUUCUGUACCAAAACAAUAAGUCCAAUUGCUGCUAUAUGUAUUUUCAUGUAACAAGUGUUUGGAAGAGAUGCGACAAGUUUGAAGACAAACUGCAAAAGGGUCCACCGAAGAAUGUUGGUUGUUGGAUUGUGCCAAAGUUUUCGUUGUUCCCAUACAGCAAGCAACACAAUAUUCAAAGCUAUGACAACAACGAACACUCCCAUCGCAAUCGUGACAAGAGUAUGGCUGUGAGUGUAAAGGCUUCCAAAAACAGCAACCUCGAAGGGACUGAUUGACCCAACAAGUGUAACCUAACAUUCGUAGGUUUUCGGUGAUUGAGCUGCCAUAAUUGAAACAAUUCAUUUUACUUACCAUAGUCGUCGGUGAUUCGAAAGGGACCUAUUUUAGUAUUUCUACAAACCAUAAGGUAUUGAAAGCCUUGUAAGGAGGAGUGGGAGUGUGAA